AUGUGGGCGGAGACGGAGGAGCAGCCGGGCGAUCUUUACCCACGGCGGCAGAGCAACGUCAGGGGCAGGAGGGACCUCAUGAGGCCGCCGAGCCUGUACCCGCAGCGCGUGCCGCCGCACCUCAUAGUGCAGCAGCAAACGCCGCCGGUGGGCAGAGCGAGCCCGGCGUCAAGGAUCCGAGCGGAGCACCCGCGGUCGCGGUCGCCGGCGGCACCAUCAGACGACAGCAUGGAGGAGUCUUCCUCCGAGCUCUUUGCCGGCAAAGAGGUGCGUGCUCUGCAACUUGCAUUGGCGUCCAUCGAGACGCAAGAGCUUACUAUAUAUACUACUACUAGUUAA